GCUUUCCCUCCAGACUCGUUUCCAUUUGAAGUCUGUUCUUUUAUGACUUUGCAGCUCAAACAUCCAGUUUUUUUUUUUUAUUCCUAAUUGGCGCCAAAGGCCACGUAUUAAACAAAGAGGUGGAGGCCUGUGUCGGGUGGAGGCCCAUUGGCUGGGAGGUGAUGUUUGAGGGGGGGGUCUCGUGCUCAGAGGUCUGUAUUUAACACGCUCCGCUGUGUUGGUGCAGUGAAGACGCUUCCUGAGGACGUGUGUUUUUGCGUGAGACUCAGGACGUGGCCAUGUUUGCGUCACUGUGGUCGCCGGGGGCCCUCUGCUGCCUCGUGUUGCUGCCAGGUCUGCUGGAGACCAAAUCGGUUCCAACCGGCGUCCAGCAGGAAGAGGUGCAGCCCGUCGGCGACGUUGGAAUCGGCCCAGAAAAAGCCAACGGCUUCCUGAGUCACUCCAGGCCCAAACGCAACGCGGAGCCCCGCUGGUACCGAGGGAACCCGGACUUCCAGUCGUACUACCGCUACUACAGCAGCAUCGGGCACACCGAGGGGAUCUACGAGAUCGACAAGCUGCGGAUGCUCUACCAGCAGAUGAGGUACCUGGAGAACACGUACGGCCCCGACGCCGCCUACUACCAGAGCAAGCUGGGGCUGCCGGGGGCCGCGUGCGACCCGGCCACCGACAAGAGGUGCAAGAUCGCUCCCCCGCCUCCAAUGAAAGGGGUCCCAAAGCCCACAGAGCCCCCAGCGACCCCCCCUCCCCCCCCAGCCAUCUCCCAGGCCGACGUCCUGUACCUGUGCAACAGGAAGGACCCCCUGUGUAAGCCCCACAUCGUGUACAUGACGAGCGGAUCCGUGUUGGAGCUAUGUGACCCUCGCCUCUACCCCACAUGUACGCAAAGCAAAGCCUCGGAUCCCGCGGUAGCGGCCCAACCUCCCCAGCCGCCGAUGAAGUCCGCACCGCCUCCCCCUCCCCCCCCGGCUCCACCGGUCCUCAUCAAGAAGUCUCUCCCGGCCCCCCUCCGCUUCUUUAAGGGCAUGGAGUACGACUGUGACCCUUACUGGGACCCCGAUUGUCUGGUCGAUCACCCGCCCAGACCCGUGAAGGGGGCGAUCGCGCCCCCCCCGCCCCCACCUGUGGUGGUGGAGGAGGAGAAGAAGGAGCAGCCAGCUCCCAUCAAGACGAAGGUCAGCGUGUACCCGUACUACUACCCGAUGCCCUACAACCCCAUGGACGACCUGUACGACCCCUCCCGCUUCCAAAACGGCACAACCCCCUGCUGCAGACGAGCCGGCCGAGUCCGCCCACAGCCAGUGAAGCCCCCCAGCGGGUUUUACCUUGAAUCAAACAGACUAAUUAAGGGGUUGUAACGCGGACUCAGUUGAUGACUGUCAAUGAUUUGAUGUAUUUGCAUCGUAACUGUCCAAGUUUAUACUUUCAGUCAAGACGAGACAAUAAACAUCUGUCCAAUGAGCAUCA